AUGGCAGCAGCAGUCUUGAGUCAUCCAGACUCUCUUCUCCUCGAGGCGGAUUUCUUGCAGGCUCGAUCCGAAAUACUCCAGAGUCUCAGCGGAGACAUUCGUUUUGCAGCCAAAGUUCUCGACUACAAGGUCUAUAACAUGGAGAACCGCAUUGUCGGCCUGAGGAAACUAGCUUGGGAAGCGAGGUCGAAGAUCAACGGCCGUGCUGGAGAUGCCGUGCCGGAUGGGCACGACGAGCAGGAUGAACGCAGACUUAAAUCCGUCUUGAAGGAUGCACGCACAUCGAUCGAGUCUGCGCAACAAGUUAAGCAAGCCUUGACGGAGGUUGUAUGCGGACGACCAGAGGCGGCUGAGGGCAUUGCCUCGGUGCAAGAAUUGACAGAGGAAAGACAUGCUGCCGUCUGGAUCGAGAAGGUCUCGAAGAUGGAUCUUCGUUCGUUUCAAGAGACGCUGUUGCAGGCUGUCCCUCGCGCCAGACCAGUCUUUGUCCACUCGAGCGGGUUCAUCCCCGUCAAUUUUCACGCCAUGUCGUCCCAAAUCCCGAACCAGGAAAACGCCCGGUCCGAUAAGAUCUGUCGACAAUCGCAGAAUGUCAAGCAGACACCCCUGGCCGGCGAGCAGGUAAUCACAAAGACCAAGGUCUACCGUCGUCGUGGUCGCGACAACACACGAGGGCGCAAAGUCGCCGUUUCACAUGUAGAUCUUCACAGACGCUCCAAAGUCGACAAUCGCUCGAGAUCUCCAGCGGCGUGCCGCCAGGCAGAGAAGCAGCAGGUGGAGGGAAAGGGAGACUUGCUUGGAUAG